GCAAAUGCAAGCGCUUAGAUUCUAACCCUCCCCAAAAUUUCUCGUAACGUAAAACCUCGAGCAGUCAUCGUUUAUGGCAGCGAUGGCACGACGCAGCAUGUCGUCCCUCCUUUCCCGAGCCCUAAACCCAUCGUCUCCUUCCAUUCUGCCAUCUCGCCUCCCAGCCGCCGCCUCCGCCUCCGCCGUUGAGAGGCUUCGGCGGGUGGCUUCCCCGCUUACUUCAUCGCCUAUCCGCUGGAAGUCGUCUUCAGGCGCUGCCUAUUAUCCAAUCAUGGAUUCCUCAUCCAAUUGGAGAAGUUCUGCCCCUAAGGAGACGAUUCUUCUAGAAGGCUGCGACUACGAGCACUGGCUUAUUGUAAUGAAGUUUCCGGAAAACCCUAAACCCUCGGAGGAGGAGAUGGUUGCUGCCUAUGUUGACACCCUUACUGCGGUCGUUGGAAGCGAGGAGGAGGCCAAGAAGAAGAUUUACUCUGUUUGUACCACGACCUACACGGGCUUUGGCGCAUUGAUCUCGCAGGAACUCUCUUAUAGAGUUGAAAGACUGCCGGGAGUUCUGUGGGUGCUGCCCGAUUCUUAUCUUGAUGUGCCAAACAAGGAUUAUGGAGGAGAUCUUUUCGUUGAUGGUAAAGUCAUUCAUAGGCCACGAUUUCGAUUUACAGGUGGACAUCAAUAUCCCAGGAUAUGCUAGGCGCCAUGAGACGGUGCAGGUGGAAAGAAGGGAACCCAUGCAGAGAGGAAUGUCUCCACCGGUGGGUCAGGAUGGUUUACAAAAAGAUUUCACUAAUCCACAACAGGACUUCCAGAGUUCACAAGAAACUGUUUCAUGAAUUGGC